UUCCGCGUGUCACGACUUAAUUGGUAGGUCUGCCGUUAUUUUUACGCAACCUCAAAUCAUUUUAAGCUAUAAAAUCGAAACCCCCAUAUCAGAAAAUUCAUAUUACAAGCAUUCGUUUCAUUGCAGAGAAAAGAAACCCUAACACACACAGUCAAGAUGCAAAUUUUCGUUAAGACCCUCACUGGCAAAACCAUCACUCUCGAAGUUGAGAGUUCAGAUACCAUAGACAAUGUUAAGGCCAAGAUUCAAGACAAGGAAGGGAUCCCACCAGACCAGCAACGUCUCAUUUUUGCUGGCAAGCAGCUGGAGGAUGGCCGUACCCUUGCUGAUUACAACAUCCAGAAGGAAUCUACCCUUCAUUUGGUGCUCCGUCUCCGUGGUGGGAUGCAAAUCUUUGUGAAAACUCUCACUGGAAAGACUAUCACCCUUGAGGUGGAGAGCUCUGAUACCAUUGACAAUGUCAAAGCCAAGAUUCAGGAUAAAGAGGGCAUUCCACCAGACCAACAGAGGCUUAUUUUUGCUGGCAAACAGCUUGAGGAUGGCAGAACUUUAGCAGAUUACAAUAUCCAAAAAGAAUCCACCCUCCACCUUGUGCUCCGUCUCCGUGGUGGUAUGCAAAUUUUUGUUAAGACUCUCACAGGAAAGACUAUCACUCUUGAGGUGGAGAGUUCGGACACCAUAGACAAUGUUAAGGCCAAGAUACAAGACAAAGAGGGUAUCCCUCCUGAUCAGCAAAGGCUCAUCUUUGCUGGAAAACAGCUUGAAGAUGGCCGAACCUUGGCUGAUUACAACAUUCAGAAAGAGUCAACUCUCCAUCUUGUAUUGCGACUUCGUGGUGGUAUGCAGAUUUUUGUGAAAACCCUUACUGGCAAGACAAUUACUUUGGAAGUAGAGAGCUCAGACACAAUUGACAAUGUGAAGGCUAAGAUACAGGACAAGGAGGGUAUCCCCCCAGACCAGCAAAGGUUGAUUUUUGCUGGAAAGCAGCUUGAAGAUGGAAGAACUCUAGCUGAUUACAACAUCCAGAAAGAGUCAACUCUUCACCUUGUUUUGCGUCUUCGUGGUGGUAUGCAGAUUUUCGUGAAGACUCUUACUGGCAAGACCAUUACUUUGGAGGUAGAGAGCUCAGACACUAUUGACAAUGUGAAGGCCAAGAUACAGGAUAAGGAGGGUAUCCCUCCAGACCAGCAAAGGUUGAUUUUUGCAGGAAAGCAGCUUGAAGAUGGCCGAACUUUGGCCGAUUAUAACAUUCAGAAAGAGUCCACCCUUCAUCUUGUCCUUCGUCUGAGGGGAGGUAUGCAGAUCUUUGUGAAGACUUUGACCGGAAAGACCAUUACCUUAGAGGUCGAAAGUUCUGACACAAUUGAUAACGUGAAGGCAAAAAUACAAGACAAGGAGGGAAUCCCACCAGAUCAGCAGAGGUUGAUCUUUGCUGGAAAGCAAUUGGAGGAUGGAAGGACCCUUGCUGAUUACAACAUUCAGAAGGAGUCUACUCUUCACCUUGUUUUGCGCCUUCGUGGUGGAAUUUAAGUGUGUGCAUGUUGCGUGGCUGUCUUAUAAUGUGUUGAAGUCUUAUAAUGUGUUGAAGUUCUAUAGGUCUUUUCAUUUGAUGUUUCAGAACUUGUGUAUUAAGCCGUAAUGGCUCUGGAAAACUUUCGCUUUAGGUGUUGUGUAUGAUUGUGCUCUAGUUUUAUGAAUGUAGACAGUUUGGUCGUCUAAUUAGUGUUUUUUGUUGUCA